GCGGGUAUUCGUCUUUGUUAACUUGUUCACUUAGCCACAUUUCUAAAUUAAAAAGGAAUAUGGCAUAAACUCUGCAACUGUUAACUGCUAACUCUGCUAACUGCAUUUGUAUAAACGUAUUAACCGCGUGGAAAAAACAACAGAUCUGCUCCCUGCUUCAUAUCAACUCUGCGCUAACGGGUUUAGUGAGUUUUGCUGGGUUCACGAACGAAGUGAGUCGGGUAGGAGGGCUUGUGGCGCAUGUGCGAGUUUCUCUGGCGUCGAAGACGCCGCAUUGAACGCUCAAUCACACGGCGACGUCCUUGCCAUCUUGGAUGUGGCAAGAGCGAACCGGGAAGAUGCUUGCAUGGAAUUGUACCAACCGAUUUACAGUCCAAACAAGAUCUGACCUUUUACAGGUUCAUUUCCCACCUUUUCUGUUGGAGGUCUUCCUGUCUGAGCUUGUUGAUGAUGAGCAAAGCUCAGCAAAGAUUGGAAAUGGGGUCGCAGUCAUCAGUUUGUCAAAGAGAACCAACAAACUGUGGGAGCAUCUCGCAAUCAGCACAUACGAUAAAGAAACAAAGAAGGAAAUCAGAGUCAGGGCUCUGUCCAAAAUGGAGGCAAAGCUUGCUGCAGAGGCCCGAACCAGAGCGGAGAAAAAGCAUAAAGAAAAGAAGUAUGCUCUGAAGACAAUGAUGGAUAUUGAAAAGAAUGAGCGAGAAAGAAUCCAGAAAAUGAAGGAUGAUGCGAGAGAGGCAACCACUGCUGAACUCGAAGCGUGGCAACUGAAGGAGAAGAAGAAAGUUGAGGAAGACCAUGCCCAACUAAAAGUCCAGAGUCAGACAGGCAAUGGAAAUAAAGUAAAAGCUGUUGAAGACAACUUUGACGGAGGCAAAUCAGGUCGAACAAAAGUCAAAUUUGAUAAAAGAAGUGUCAAUGAGGACCAGGGCAAGAAAAAACACCUGGAUCUCCCUGCUCCAAGACGUCUGGGAAACAUUGAGGUUUCGUUCACUCCUCGAGUCUUCCCCACAGCCCUCAGAGAGUCAAGAGUUGCUGAGGAGGAGGAGUGGCUGAAAAAACAAGCAGAGGCCAGACGUGUAGUCAAUGCAGAUGUUGAAGAGCUGAACGACUUAAGGGAGGAAGAGAGAAAUCCGGACUGGUUGAAAGAGAAAGGAAACAAAUGUUUUGCAGCUGGAAACUACCUCAGCGCUCUGAACGCAUACAACCUGGCUAUCAGACUCAACAGAAAGAUCCCAGCUCUAUAUUCAAACAGGGCUGCGUGUCAUCUGAAGCUACGGAACCUUCACAAAGCCAUUGAAGACUCCUCUAAGGCCCUUGAACUCCUGACUCCAGCCGUUGCCGCCAAUGCUGCUGCACGAGCCAGAGCUCAUGUGCGCCGAGGCUCUGCUUUCUGCCAGCUUGAGCUCUAUACAGAAGGACUCCAAGAAUACCAAGCUGCCCUGAAGAUUGACCCAAACAAUGAGCCACUGCAGGCUGACACACAAAAGAUCCGGGACAUCAUACAAGGCAGUGCAUCAUAGACUACAUGUAGACUCACAUAGUCAGAUUCCUCAGCACCUGAAUGCCUGUUUUAUUCACUGUUUUAACAAAAACGGAUAAAAAUACAUGUCCUCAUCACUCUUUGUGUGACAAAGAUUUCAUUGUCACGUUGUUACUUUGCAGUACUUAUGCAAACCUUGCUGUCUAUUAGGACUGGAACAUUAUAGCAAAUACACAGCAACAUGCUUAUCUACCACAGAGUGGAAAAUAUUUCAUUCCGAACACCAUUGUUUUAUUAUGUCAAAGGACUUUGUUAGUGUUCACAUAUGUAUAUUUGUUGGCUUAUCUUCCCUUACCUCUAAUCACUUCCUCUACCUCAGAGCUUUUCAAAGUCAUCACACAUUGUGGGCAGGAGCCGUGCAGCUAGAGCCAACAAGCUGGCAGAUCUAUACCCGUACAGCGGUUUGCAUUUUGUUCCCUUAAAUGUGACCUUAAAACCGAGGCGUGUACUGAACCAGGAUUAUAGCGUGUCAUUAUGUUUUCUGCUUAUAUAAUUGAAACAUAGCAGAAAGUCAAGGUUUCCUCCCACAUUCCAAAAACAUGUAUGCUAGGUUAAUUGGCGACUCUAAAUUGUCCAUAGGUAUGAAUGGGAGUGUGGAUGAUUGGUGGUCUAUAUGUGCCCUGCGAUUGGCUGGCGACCAGUCCGCCUCUCCCUCAAAGUCAGCUGGGAUAGGCAACCCAUGACCCUAGUGAGGAUAAGCGGCAUAGAA